UGCAGGUAACUGCAUUGAACGAACCGUUUAAACGCGUCAAAGAUGAACUCAUAUAAAGUGUAAAACUGGAAGCGUACUCAAAUACAAGCUGCUAUAUCCGACGGAUUUUAGAGAAAUACAAAAGCGACGAUAAACAGUAGCGUCCGAAGGCAAAAGGUCGUACGGUGUAUGUGUUCUCGGUGGUCGACGGCUUCAAUUAGCUUCUCUGUGCGGAGCAUGGCGUGGUGUCAGAUAGAGUAGUCGGCGAGAGAGAGCCAAAAGUAGGCUCAAUCGAACAUCCGAGUGUGUGUCAAAAGCCUCUGUGCUCUGGAAUCUUUAUUGAGGCGCGAAAGGGAGCACAAGAGAGAAAAAAAGCGGAUCAGUCAGUGUUAUACCAAGUAAGCCGCCACCGCCACUUGUUCGACGAGCAACACCAGCAGCAGUAGCCAUGCAGCCGCCUCGUGAAUGUUCUUCUCGGCAGCUCUAUUUACGGGGCAUCCUCAGACGUCUGUGAAAGAAUAAUAUAGUCGCUCUGUACACGCAGGUCUACGUCCUGCCGCCGCUUUUAUAAGCAUCACACGGCUACUCGUCGUUUUAUUACGUUACUUUUUCGGAUUUUUAACCUCUUCACCUAGGAGCCAGCAGCUAAUAAUUUGUUUAGACCUAAAUUUAGCAUUAGAAAUAACACCAUGGCUGGUACUUUUGACCAGUACGACAAGGACAGUUGGUACUUUGGACCUAUGUCCAGACAGGAUGCCUCAGACUUAUUGAUGAGUGAGAAAGAAGGAGGAGUUUUUCUUGUGAGGGAUAGCAUCUCCAUACACGGAGACUUUGUUUUGUGUGUGAGAGAAGACAGCAAAGUCAGCCACUAUAUUAUUAAUAAAAUACAACAAGGGGAUAAGAUAUGUUAUCGUAUUGGAGAUCAGAUAUUUCCUGAUAUUCCGAGUCUUUUGGCAUUUUAUAAGUUACAUUAUUUGGAUACAACACCACUUAUCAGACCAGCACCACGAAAAAUUCAGAGGGUAAUUGCUAGGUAUGAUUUUGAGGGCAAUGAUCCAGAUGAUUUACCAUUUAGAAAAGGUGAAAUUCUUACUAUAAUCUCUAAAGAUGAAGAACAAUGGUGGACUGCUAGAAAUAGUUUAGGACAAGCUGGUUCAGUACCUGUUCCUUAUGUGCAAAAGUAUGAAGAAGAUAAUAACACACUAGAGACUACACCAGCAAGGCCUGAAAGUGGUGGUAGUUCAGGCUCUGGAAUUCAGUCAUUACAAACAGAAUCUAUUCAAACUGCAACUCGCCGUUCUAAUAUUCAAAGAACACUACCAGCAUUUGCUAAAGUAAAACAAGCACGUGUACCAAAUGCUUAUGACAAGACAGCAUUAAAAUUAGAAGUUGGAGAUGUUAUUAAAGUCACAAAAACGAACAUUAAUGGUCAGUGGGAGGGUGAGUUGCAUGGUAAAGUUGGACAUUUUCCAUUUACUCAUGUGGAAUUUAUUGAUGAUACAACAAAUGAAGAAAGUCAAGAAAUUUAAUAAAUUCUUAAAAUGAAAAAGUGAAGUGUGAAACGGCAGCUACUGAAUAUACCAAUACAGCAAGGUUUAUUUAUGCUAUGUAGUUGUAUUAUAUCACUGUAAGGUAAUAUCACCAAGUGCAAUAUAAUCAAUUUGAAAUCAACUGUCAAAAAAAAACAUUUUUACAAAAAUAGUAAUACUAGUUUGCAUGAAAAUUGUGAGCAAAACAUAAAAAUGAAUCAAUAUUUAGUAUAAAUACAAUUAUGUCAAUUACAUUUUUUUAAUCAAAGUAUACAUUUUUUACAAUUUCUUCAAGUAUAGAAAUAAGGUUUUAUGCAAGGAAGAAAUGUAUAUUUUUAUAUUGUUGAUUAUUUCACUUGUACUCAAAUUCAUGAUUGAUAAGAAUUGAAACGUUUUAAAUCAAAAUUAAAAUGAUUUGCUAAUAAUGAUAAUUUGAUGAAAAUGUCAUUUUAGCACUUUAAUUUGCGGUACUUUAUAUAAUGCAAUUAUGACAUUACAUUUUUAUAGGUUUCAGUAAAAUAUCCUAAAUAAUAAUAUGUAAUCUCAUUACCGUUCGCCAAAAAAAUCACCAUAAUAAUGUUUUAGAUGUAUUGUUCUUAUUACUAAUUAUGCACUUUGCUUUGUUGACUCGAAGAGGUUUGUAAUGGUUUUAAUAUAAUAAAGUCUUCCUGAUUGAUGCUACUAGUAUCAGUUUAAAACAGAGCAUUGUAGCAUCGAUCGCUAGUCAACGAUUACUAGAAAGAAUUUUUACAAUUUAUUACGAUUUCAUUGUAAAUAGUAUAUUGGGACAAAUUUUCGAAAUUUUUAAAGCACCUGUCACGUUAUUGGUAAAUGCAGAUGCUGCCGGUAAUAAAUGAUAAGAAUCAUACUUGACAUAAAAUCUGUUUCAUAUAAAUUGUGAAAAUUGAUUUCAGCUAAAUUGACACAACGUUUUAAACGUUAAAAAAUUUGCUGUAUGUUUAUAAAUUGUGAUAAAAAUAUUUUAUUCAAGCUGAUUAAAGCACAGCUAUCAACUUAAUGAAAGCAUUUAUUUUUUGAGUAGAAGUAAAACAAAAUGAGAAGGCACAAAUAUCUGUCAAAUUAGAUAAGAUGAAUUUAUUCAUGGUGAAUGCUCAAAAUUUUGAGAUAAAUAUUAUAAAAUUGAUUUCCAAAUAUAAUAAGCACAGUAUUACUAUAAAAAAAUAAUUUAAAUAAAUAAACUCAAGUAUAAAUUUUGCCUUUGUAUAUUAUACAAUUCAAAUAAUAAUACAAAACUGAUUUAGGCAAUACUUUUGACUUGACGAUUUACUUGUAUAAUUAAAAAAGACGAGACUGUGCCAUUAUGUAAACGUAAUUAAUUGAUAUCAUCAAUGUAUAAAUCCAUCAAUCAAAAAACAAAUAAAAAACGCAAUGGUUUAUGCAUAUUCAUCCGAUAAUAAUCAAUUAAUAUACAAUAUUACUAUUGACUUGUACCACAUUAUUGACUGUUAGAGCUGCAACAGUCAAUUCUUACCUUGCUCACUCGCUACACUGAAUAUUACAUAUAAAAAAAAAACAUUUUAACUGUUUAUAUGCAAAGUAUACGCAAAAAUCUAAUGAAUAAAUUUUAAAAGUACAUAUGAAUGUGGUACUAAUAUAAUAAUGUAUAAUGUAUAUUUUUAUAAACAUAAUGCGUAUAUUAAAUUCUUUUUAUAGGGACUUGUUACCA